AGGAUCGCGUAAAGUGUCUCGUGCUACAAAUCUACGUUUGAGAACACGGAACAACAGAGCAAAAACAUGGCCGAAUAUCAAUUCUGCUGUCGUUUAGUGAAAUUUUGUGUACAGUAAAAAGGACAAUUAUCGGGGCGAUCAGUCGGCUCGGCACAUAUGAAUUUUAAGGCAUUAUGACUUCGAUACACUUCGUUGUUCAUCCUUUGCCGGGAACGGACGACCAACUUAUCGAUAGGCUGAGAGAAGUAGCAGAUAAAAUCAAUAGAUAUGGAUUUGUAACACCAUCAGCUUUCAAUGGCUUAAAAGUAUCGAUAAAGCGUGUUGUGGUAGGACCAACGCAUAUCGCUCUUCUUACAGAGGACAAUAGAGUAUGUCGAGUUGCAUUUACAGUGUUAUCUGAUAGAUUGGACUUGAGUAAAAAUGAACCUAAUAGAAAUACAAGUAAAAAUCAUGUUGGAAAUUCAAAUUCUACACCAAACGGAAAUGGAAAUAGUAGCAGUAGUAGUAGAACAGGAAUGUCACGUUCCCGAGCACGGAUAAUGCGUAACAGUUCUGCGAUUCGUGGAGGCAGCAGCGCCGGAGGGAGCAGUGCUGGUAGUCGCAUAGGACCGCCAGGAGUAAUUAUGGGCGGGGGAGGCAGCGGCAGUUCACGCCCGAUUCCAUCUGUGCCAGCGCCAUUUGUACCGGAAGAUCUGAUAUCUCAGGCACAAGUAGUACUGCAAGGAAAAAGUCGUAACUUGAUUAUCAGAGAAUUACAGCGUACAAAUUUAGAUGUUAACUUAGCAGUAAAUAACCUUCUGUCACGAGAGGAUGAGGAAGGUGAUGAUGCAGAAGAUGCAGCAGACAGUUAUGUUCCAGAAGACCUUAUAUCAUUACUGGAUGGUGGCUUUAGCAAUGAGCACUCAGUUAUAAUCGAUGCUGAUUCUAUGUUUUCCGAAGAUAUGUUUGGAUACACGGGAAUAAGACAUCGUGGAAGUUCUUCGAGACGUUUAGGCAACGACAGAGAAAGCGAGCGUUCAUCCCAUGAAAGAGACAGAGAUCGCGAUAGCUUUAGCAGAUGGCGAGAUCGUCAAUAUUAUGGACCGCGACGUUGGUUGGAAACUGCUCUGAAAGAUUCGUGGGAAAAGGAUUCAGAUAAUAAGAAGAAGGAAUUAGCUUCGCAGAGCCCUCUGUGGAUAUCUGAAGAAUUAGAGUGGUGGCAUGAUCGCAGCAGCGAUCCGGUACCUCGUUUUGUACAAAUCGCAUCACUUUAUAGCGAACUAAUUGCAGUUUCUGCAUCGGGACAGUUAUAUCAAUGGAAAUGGACAGAAUCGGAGCCGUAUAAAAAUGCAGAUAAUCCGAAUGUGCACCAUCCGAAAACUAUUUCAUUGGCAUUGGCAACAGAAAAAGUGGUUAAUGUAUCCGCUACGGCAAUUCGAUGUUCCGUUAGUACAGAGACUGGCAAAGUAGCGACUUGGCUUGAUGAACUCUUAGGCCAUGUUGCUUCUCGUCUUGAGCAUCCAGCACAGGCUUUCACUGAAUUUACUUUGGAUAAAAUUGCAUCGCUUUAUACAUGUGCUUUGUACACUGUCGCGAGACUCGAAAGUGGUGCAUUGUAUUGGUGGGGCGUUUUACCAUUUGCACAACGUAAGAAACUCUGGGAAAAAUACAAAGCAAAAUCGCGUAAGCACAGGCCAUCUACUGUUUUAUCAAGCGACAUCAGUUACGGGACACAUGUAUGCAUGAAAAAUAGUCCAGUUUAUCAACCAGGAGCUAUUGGAUUCACAAUAGCUAAUGGUGUACCAAAAGUGGGACAGUUGUUAUCAGCAGCGUGGAAUGUAGAUGCUACUUGUAGAUUUAAAAUAUUACCUGCUGGUUCGCAUGUCUCUAACGCAAACACUGAUAAACGCGAGUCCAAUGGAAACGGAAGCACAACAGUUGUGAACAAACCGAAUCAUAAAGAAACUGCUGACAGACUUGAUAUGCCUCCACCACCGUCACCAGCUUCGAGUACUUGCAGCGAUACUGGCAGCAUUACAACAAGUCACAAACGGCAGAAACGUAUAACACCUCGAAGUGAAGGUGAAUUUGAGAGAAAGGAUGAAGAGGAUUGGCAAUUGAAAGAUGUUGUCUUUGUCGAAGAUGUGAAAACCGUACCUAUUGGGAAAGUUAUAAAGGUUGAUGGUUGCUACGUAGCGGUUAAAUUCUUUUCGAGAGAUUCAAAAGAGAAGGAAAUUAAGGAAAAGGAUUUCAGUCCAUCAGAUUUUAAAGAUUUUACAACAGAAGAGCCAAUGAAAUUAUUAGCAGAUUGUAGACUUUUACGUAAAGACGAGCUACAGGUAAUUAAAUCAUCGUUAAAUCCACGGGCUCCAGAUUGUUUCCAGAGAACACCCAGAAGGGUUAACAUAAUGGAGAGUUCAAAUGAUAGUUUGUUGACUAUAUCUGUCGAUGGACAAGGCAUUCAUGCUAUAUUGAAAAGUGGAAAUAAACUGAGUUAUGUCGUAUAUAAUUUAAGUACAGGAAGAUAUGUUCAAGAUCGCUAUAUUCCAUCCGAUAUUUCGUCAUUUUUGGGACUGCAACCUCAAAAUAUCAAUCUUACAAGUGCAGGAGAAAAUAUCGAGUGUUCCAUGAUUUUACGAGAUGGUAAUAACACCAUUUACCCCAUCGCAAAAGAUUGCGCUGAUGCCAUACGUGACCCAAACUGGCUGGAUUUGGUGCCAGUAAAUUGUAUAGGUGCAGCAACCAUUCCCAUUUCUAGCUGCUCCAAUUCGUCUAACUUGAAGAACCAGGUUGCAGUUAUUGCGUUAGCAUUCGACAAUCUUUUGCUCAUGCCACGUAUCUUGCGAUGCGAUUACGAGAGUGUAAAGCAAGUAUUUUGUAAUUUGGAACAGGAUCUAAAGAACAAUUUGACAUAUUCGAAUGCAAAUUCACAAAUCCAAGUGAUAUUAAAAGAACGCUGUGAUGGCAAUAGAAAUAUACUUCAUGCUUGCGUCAACAUGUGUUCGCCAACUUCCAAUAAAGAAACUGAACAAGUCAUUGAACGUGAGUUAGUAUCGAACACUGUGGACAACACUUCUGCACCUAUAGAAGAGCCAAUUCCAACAUUAAGUUGGCCACCUGAAGCAUUUGAUAACACAUCUGGAGAAGAGGACAGUUUGUUAAGCAUAGGUGCUGCUAGCAUAUCUAUGAUGAAUAAAUCUAAUAUCGGGACUACGUCAAAUAAUACAUACAUUAUAGAUUCUGUUGAAAGGAGACAUAAUGCACUCCUUAUAUUAAAAUAUAUGUGUGAAAAUAAUAUUUUAGUACCAUACUUGAAGGAAUUGUUAACAGCAAAGGAUGCUCAAGGACAAACUCCGCUCAUGCUUGCUGUAUCUGUUCGUGCAUAUCAUGCAGCUCUUAUUUUAUUGGACACUAUACAAAAAGUAGGCAAAGACGCAAAAGAUACUUCAGCCAUGAUACUGCCAGCUGAUGCCAGUCCGGAUCUGUCUCCGCUGUUUGUUACCUGUUGCAAUGACACGUGUAGUUUUACAUGGACCGGAGCUGAACAUAUUAAUCAGGACAUCUUCGAAUGUAGAACUUGCGGUUUGACGGGAUCCUUGUGUUGUUGCACCGAAUGUGCUCGUGUCUGCCACCGAGGCCACGAUUGCAAGCUCAAGAUAACAUCUCCCACAGCGUAUUGUGAUUGUUGGGAAAAAUGUAAAUGUCGCGCUCUGAUCGCCGGUCAUCAAGGUGCGAGAUACGAUUUGUUGUGUCGUCUCGUAAACAGCACCGAUCUCGCCACGAAAAUUAAUUCACGAGGUGAGAGUAUUUUGUUAUUCCUGGUGCAAACGGUCGGAAGACAAUUGGUCGAACAACGCCAAUUUAGAUCAGCGCCUAGACAAAGAUCAACCUCGGCUAGUCGUAAAGCACCGACGUCAGACGGUUUAGGUACGGAUUCAGAUAUGCCGGAUCACGAUUUAGAGCCUCCUCGAUUUAGUCGAAAGGCACUUGAGAGAUUAUUGAACGACUGGCCAGCCGUUCAAUGUAUGAUUAUGUCAGGUGUUUCUGAAAAUGGAACCAAUCAGUUAUUCGGCGAUCAGGGACAAUUAUGCCGGCAAAGUGGUACUGCAUUGCUGGACAAAUUUACGCAUUCCUUACUUAUUAAAUGUAGCGCCGAAAUGCUGGAUACGUUGCUCACUACUCUGAUCAGGGAAUUGCAAGAUGAGUCUGUGCCUGGACGACAGGAAGAGGCAAAUAACGUAGCGCGUCGAUUUGUGAGAUCCGUAGCACGUAUAUUUGUUAUUUUCACUAUAGAAAUGGCACCGAACACGACGAAAAGACGAAGCACGAAUCAAGCCUCGCAGCCUUUAAUGAAGUGUCGAAAAGUUUUCCAAGCACUGAUCAAAUUGGCUGUGGAGGAACUAUGCGAGACAGCAGAUUCAUUAAUAGCACCAGUCAGAUUAGGCGUAGCACGUCCAACCGCGCCGUUUACGUUAACAAGUUCCCACAUCGAAGUGAUAAAUGGCUCGGAGGAAUUAUUCUCCAUAGAGCCUCUGAUACCUCACAGCGGUGUUAGUUCACAAUCAUUAGACGCAGCGUUACAAACGCAACAAGCGAAUAAUAAUAUAGCAAUUUCAAGAGGAGACGUUUCUGCCGUAGAUGAAACGGAAGGUGGAGAAGAAAUGCCCAUGGAUAUGGAUGGCGAUAUUAGUGAACACGAGGAAUCAGGUGUUUCCGGAACCACUGCUGGUCAACCACUUGGCGAGGUAGAUUCGAAUGUCGGCGGUGUAGGUGAGGAACAGGCCGGAGAUGGUGAAUCGGAUACGGAACUGGAUCUCUUGGCGGAAGCGGAAACUGAAUCCGAUUCGGACGACAAUCACAGCAAUCAGGACGCAGCGUCCGCGCAACGUAGCGUUCAGACUGGUGCGACUGCUGGCUCCGACGGCGGAAUGGGCUCGAUAUUAUUGUUUCCCGAAGACGAAUCGGGAGAGUCGAGUCAACAGGAGGACGAUGAAAGCGAAGCCGGAGAAACGGACGAGCAAGAUAACGAGGAAUUCCAAAUUGGUGAUGAACAGUUAGAACGCAGAAGCGGAUCGUCCGGUCAUUUGCAUCGUAACAAUCUUGCACCUGUGUACAUGCAAUGGGCGAUACGCAAUCGCGAGUCGAAUACGCGCACAGCGGGUUUACGCGUAACAGGUGGGAGUAAUCUGGUCUUCAUUGACCCCGCAUCUUUAAGACGUACCACUGCCACAUCGGCCGUCGCAACUGCGCAAGAACCUAUAACCAUGGGGACCACCGCAAGUUGUCUGGCGCGAGCAUUCGGAAUUGUUAUUCGACAAAUCGCCGAUCUGUUAGUCAUUAUGCAGGAUUAUAAGAAUCUAGCGCCCACCCUGCCACGAUUGAUAGACAUCACCUUUCAGGACGCUCUAAGUUUACAGUCGUAUUUAGAAGCGCACUUGAAGCCUACUUGGGACUGGUUGCUCACGGUAAUGGACGCUACAGAGGCGCAAUUGAGAUUUGGAGUAUCUCUGACACGUAGCGCGGAUCCGACUCAUCCCGAACACCCUCUCAAUAACACCCCGUCGUUGUCCGGCGGUAAUUUUAGCGGUUUAUUGAACACAGCCGCGCUCUCGUUGACUCUGCAAGGAAAUACAGGUCGGAACCCCCGUGGCAAUAUCUCUACAAGCUCGAAUAUCUCCACUCCUCAAGCUUCAACGCGACUCACCGUUGGUUUUGCAGGCGUUGGCGAGCCUCCGAGGAGCAGUAGGGAACGCGAAGGUGGCGAUGCGCACUCGGCGAGGCGUGAAUUCUUAUCAUAUUGCCUAUCUUUAAUGCGCGCUCACAACAGCGAACACAGAGACAGUUUACCGGUUUUGGACGUCUCGGCUUUAAGACACGUCGCUUAUGUAUUUGAUGCGCUUGUAUAUUAUAUGCGCUCUCUUUCGGAGCCUCUUUCUUCCAGAAGCGAGACUCAGAAAGAAUCGUCCACUUAUUCCAGUUGGAAUGAUCAGGAUGAAAAUGAUAAUGACGAGGGCGAGGAAUACAACUCUCCAGCACCGACUGCCAUGGAAACAGACUCUGUAGAUUAUCCGGAUUUACUUCAAGUACCCAUAUGCGGAUCUGGAAAUCACGGCAACUCGCCGCCGAAAGGAAGGAAACAUCCCUUCUUACAAAGAUCAGAUUCUACCUUGUGCCUUGGUUGCCCGCCUCUAGAUCCAUUCGACACCGUGAUAGGCGAAGCGCUUCCGUUAGCCGAUCAGCCGCAUUUAUUGCAGCCGCACUCGAGACGCGAAGAUCUCUUCGGCAUCCCGAGGCAGCCAGCUUGUUCCGCCGCAGGUGGAUGCGGUCAGAAUUCCUUGGAAGGUCUGCCAACGAGACUGGGUCUUUCCGCAAGGGGUACCGAUAAUCGUAACAACCUGACAGCUCCGACAUUCAGUCAGGUUGUGCAGGGACCGCUUUCCGCUUCUGCUACUUUAGAAUCGAGAAGAAACUCCACUGGAGAAUUAAAUCCUACCAAAUAUAUGGAUAAGUUAAAAUCCUGUAAUCAUCCUAAUGAGGGACACCUUCUCGUAGCGGAACAAAUUGAUAGAGCGCCUAUUAUAGUGUCUACGAAUAAUCAAAGUGACGCAACAGCGAGCGUCAAAGGCAAAGAUGUAUGCAAAAAUAAUAGAAGCGUCAUAGUCAGAGCUGGAACAGUCUCGGAAUCGAAUACGAGUAAAAUCGGCGCGCCCGAGAUAUUGGUUGUCCCAACCAUCGACAGUCAAAACGUCUCCGAGGAGGUCGACCCGGCCGCGACGAGUCACGAGAUAUCGGCUCACGAGACCGUCGAGACGAGUCCGGUGGAUUCCGCGAAAGCGGUGUCGUCGAUCGGGACGAAUAUCUCGCACAACAUCUUACUGGGACGAUGGCGAUUGGCAUUGGAUCUCUUCGGACGAGUCUUUAUGGAGGAUGUAGGCCUGGAGGCUGGUUCCGUUGUGUCCGAAUUGGGAGGCUUUCCCGUGAAGGAGGCCAAAUUCCGUAGAGAUAUGGAGAAAUUGAGAAAUUCCCAGCAAAAGGAUAUCACUAUCAAGGUGGAACGAGACAGAACGCAAUUAUUGAUGCAGACAAUGAAGGAGUUGAAUACGCAGUAUAAUAUAUAUAAUAGAAGAGCUUCAAACACUCCGCCUUUGGCAGUGAAUCGAGUGAAGGUCUUUUUCAAGGACGAACCUGGCGAAGGAGCCGGUGUCACUCGAAGCUUUUAUACCGCAAUUGCUGAGGCAUUACUAGCAAAUGAAAAACUUCCGAAUCUUGAACCGGCACAAGUGGGAUCGAAAUACACGCAAUACAAUGUUUUGCAGAAACUGAAAAGCAGGGAUCGCGAUCGCGAUCUCAGACGACAAAAUACGCGUUCUUCUGGAAAAUGUCGCGAGACGCGCCGCACUUUAUCCUUCGACGCUCGUUCCUUCCAUCCAUCCAACACGAUUGAAGGAAACAACAGUUCCACACCUGGUAGCUCGUCGUCCAGCACUCACCCCUUGCCAAUCAAUCAUCCUAAUAACGAUCAUUUGACCAUGCAUCAACAGCAGCUCGGCGACAGAUUGUAUCCUAAGGUACACGCUUUACGGCCAGCAUUAGCUGAAAAGAUAACCGGUAUGUUGUUGGAAUUGUCACCGGCCCAACUGCUGAUGCUUUUGGCUUCGGAGGACGCUCUCCGGCUGAAAGUGGAAGAGGCAUUUGAAUUGAUUCACAGUCAUACUCAAGACCUGACCAGUGAAAUGCUAGAUCUCGAUGUAUUCAGCUUAACCGAGCGUUGCGCAGCGAAUAAGAAGAAAAUGGAAAAUAGCAUUUUAGACGACACCGAGGACAAUGCUCCGCUUUUUUAUUCCCCCGGUAAACGCGGCUUUUAUACACCAAGACAGGGCAGAGGCAGCUACGAACGAUUAAACGCGUUCAGGAAUGUAGGAAGACUUAUAGGAUUGUGCCUCUUACAAAAUGAGCUUUGCCCACUAUUUUUAAAUCGUCAUGUAAUUAAAUAUAUCCUAGGAAGGCCUAUACGUUUUCACGAUCUUGCAUUUUUCGAUUCUGUUAUUUAUGAAAGUCUGCGACAACUGGUCAUCGAUGCUGAAACGAAGGACAGUAAUAGUUUGUUCUCGGCGUUGGAUCUUACAUUCAGUAUUGAUUUGUGUCCCGAGGAAGGCGGCGGUUCAAUCGAGCUGAUAUCCAACGGCCGCGACAUUGAAGUGACUGCGAACAAUGUGUACGAUUAUGUGCGAAAAUACGCCGAAGUUCGCAUGAUCAAGGUGCAGGAGAAGGCUCUGCAUGCUAUGCGCGACGGGGUGUUCGACGUCCUCCCCGACGGCGCGUUCGAUGGUCUGACGUCCGAAGACCUGAGACUCCUCCUGAACGGAGUCGGGGAUAUCAACGUGUCGGUUCUGAUAUCGUAUACGUCAUUCAAUGACGAAUCUGGCGAGUCGACGGAACGAUUGGUGAAGUUUAAACGUUGGUUAUGGUCCAUCGUUGAGAAAAUGUCGCACGUAGAGAGGCAGGACUUGACAAGGCGUUUCUUAUAGAUUUUUGGGUGCUAAAAAAACUGCUGCAAACCAAUUUUUCAACACCACGUCAGGUUUUCGAAAUAAUCGAGGUUUAAUUUAAAAAAAGGCUUUUUUUUUCUUUUUUUGUGAAAAAUAUUAACGUUAUCUGGAAAUUUGGAUCAGAUGUCAUGUAUUGUUCAUCUUCUAUAAAAUGUAUUUUUUUUUAUUUUGUUAUCUUUUCGAUUUUCUCGCCCCGACUAUGUUAUAGAUUGUGACGUCAGAGUUGAGAAAGCACACGUUGAAAAUUCUUAAAUGCCAAUUUUAAAUGAAAAGAUAUUUGGAUUAUUAUUAUGGCAUCUAAAAAUUUUUCCCGAAUUUUCUCGCCUCUGACGUCACAAUUUCAAUGGUGGAUGAGGAUUCAGAAGCCUUAAAUGUUUAGAAAUCAUGGGAUUUUAGAAAAAAAUGUUUCGUGUAAAAGUUUUCCGACUUCGAGAGAGAUAUAAGAUUGAUUUGAUCUUGUGCAUUUUUCAAAGUCUUUUAAAGAUCCUAUCUGUCAAGGUCAUUUAAAAGUCAAUCUAUUUUUUUUAAACUUCCAUUUUUUACAUAUGUAUAUGGAU